UAAUGGUUGUAUAUUCCCGAUGUUUCCUGCGUUUAACUGCUAACUUGAACGCAUCAACUAACGUCACUGACCCUGGACCAAUCAGGAAGCAGCUAAAGGUGAAACCAGAGGAAUUUUCUAGGUAGCAAAAACAGAAAAAAUCAUCACCUCGGUUCUUAACAGUCAAAAGGAUUUUUUGUAUGACAGGUUCUUCUAGAAGUCAGAUGGGUCCAUCAUUUCUGCGAGCAGAUUCUGUUCAGUAACGUCAUGGCCCUCGCGGAGGAGCAGUCUGAGAAACACUGCUGGGUGUGCUUCUCCACCGAGCGGGACGACCGCAGUGCGGAGUGGGUGAGCCCCUGCAGGUGUAAAGGCUGCACCAAAUGGAUCCACCAGACGUGCCUGCAGCGCUGGCUGGACGAGAAGCAGAAGGGAAACGGCGGCGGCGCGGUUAACUGUCCACAGUGUGGCACCGAGUACUGCAUCAUCUUCCCCAGAAUAGGCCCGCUGGUGUAUUUCCUGCAGCAGAUAGACAGAGCUCUGUCGCGUGCAAGUCCCUUCGCUGCUGUCGGGGUGGUCGUUGGGACGGUAUACUGGUCAGCAGUCACGUACGGAGCGGUGACCGUUAUGCAGGUGGUGGGACAUAAGAAGGGUCUGUUCGUGAUGGAGCGGGCCGACCCUCUGUUCCUGCUCAUUGGUCUGCCGACCAUCCCCGUGCUGCUGGUCCUGGGGAAGAUGAUCCGCUGGGAGGAUUAUUUAGUGAGGCUGUGGCAGAGGUACUCCUCUAAACGCAGUCCUUCACCAGGUGCCGGCAGUUACCUGCCCCGUUUGCGUGCUGAGAGGCGCGGUGCUGGAGAUCACCUGUCAGUGUCCAGGACUCUGUGUGGGGCUCUCGUCUUUCCCUCCAUAGCCAGUUUGGUCGGACGGGUGCUGUUCCGACGGGUUUCUUCUAACCUGCAGCGCACCAUCCUGGGGGGCAUUGCAUUCGUGCUCAUCAAAGGUGUGUUGAAAAUGUAUUUCAAGCAGCAGCAGUACGUCAUGCAGGCCAACAGGCACAUCCUGAACUAUCCAGAGAGACACAACAACGGACAGACGGAGGGGGGAGAGGACGACACAGAGGACAGCGGGAACGAGUAGCUCUGCUCAUCACCUGGAGGAUGAGGACUGAGGGAGACAUUUGGUGUUUCAAAACACUCUAGCUUCAAGAUGUAUGAUUUAAUAAGAACAGUCAUUACCACAUGUGAUCCUUUGUUGCCUUAAAUUGUCUCAAAUGCACUUGAAGAGGAAUGAAGUGUUGUCUCAUCUUUAAGCAGUGCCUGAUCAGGUCUGCUGUGACCUGAGCUGUUGCUGUGACAAAGAAAAACUGCAGAUAACUAGACGACAUUCUGUAUGUGAAUUAGUCCUCUGUGUUGUUUAAAACCAGCACAACAGCAGCUGAAAGAUGAGCAGCAUACCGUAUGCAACAAACUGAACCGUUUCUGUCACCUUUACCUUGUUUCCAUUGGUGCUCAUUGAAAAUUGGCAAUAAAUGACAUCCUUCUUUGUUGUGAUUAGUCAGUCUGUCUGCAGGUAGCAGCACUGUGAUUCAUUUACAGUUGCCUCACUGAAGAGGAUAAACUUGAAAAAUGUUUUGUUCUUCCUUUGCAGCUCACGUCUGGAUUUUUUUGACACUGUUGCUUCUAAAUAAUUACUCCAAUCACCUUCUCACAGAAAAACAUGUUUUUUUCCAGGUCUGGAUUACUUAUCGAAAAAGAAGAGAAGAAUAUGGAAAAAUAGAUCCAUUUCCAAACUGCGUUUCCUAUCAUUGUCAUAAAGUUGUUCAUCCUUCUGUCCAUUUCUGUCUUCCUCAUAUCCUUUUGUUCUUUCAUGCCCUCCCUUACUCCAGCCUAUUUGCUUUUCAUUUUCUUUCCCUCCGUCUUUGUGUCCUUCUUUACUUGGCUUACCUCUCUUCUCGUCUUCCUACACUUGUCUUCCACCUUCCCUCCUUUGUAUCCUCCCUACUCCCUUUUUUCUUUCCUGUGUUUUAUUCCUUUCUUACUUCCUUAUGUCCUUCCUUGUACCUGUACUUUUAUUUCCCUUUAUCCUUCCUCUGUUUCUUCCUUGUGUCCUUUGCUUCCUUGCGUACUUCUUUGCUUUUCUAUCCUUCCCUCCUUUCUUUUGUCCUACCCCCUUCCUUGGCUCCUUGAGCCAUCCUAACUUGCGUUGUCCUUCCUUCCUUUUCAGUUUCUGUUUUUUCUGGGUUCCAAAUCAUUUAAAAUCGGCCUUUAAUAGACAUGUCUGCAUUGAAUCCAUAGUGAUUUUAUUUCAUAUUUUAAAACCAAAGCCUACACUAUUCUGAGGGAGCAAAGGAAAAUCUUUAGUUCCCUCAGUCUUCCUGACUCAAGGCAAUGUUAACAGGAUCAUUGGAUUUUAGCUUCCUGCUAUCAUGUUGCACGAUGUGCUCCAUGUUUUGACUCUGUCAAGGUCUAUGUAGAGUUGUCUCAGUGUAAUGUACAGAACAGAGGGAUUGAUAUAUUUUGGGAAAUGUGUGCUUAUUGCUGGAUUAAAAUGGCUGUAAAUAAGGAAAAUAAAAAACACUGUCUUCUACCUUCACACCUCAUUGUUUCAAGCUCAGAUGCUUUAAAUUUUGACAUUUUUGCCAAAUAAAGAAGCUAAUGAGGUUAAAUGUA